CUACUCAACACAUUCCAACACUUCUCCCGUACCAGAAAAUGUCAUACGCAGUCGAAACGAAAAAGCGAAAAUUCCACCGAGUCCUUGAAUCUCUGACCAAAUCUUCAACCCCCGAUUCCAGAUCAGCCUCCCCCGAAGCGUCAUCAGCACGAGACCCAUCGAACAAGAAAGCCCGUUUAGACACAAACAACUUCUCGACUGUGCGCAACUCACUACUCAAAGUUGCGCGCCCCAGCUCCAGAGAUUCGUCCGUAUCGUCAGCCUCGCGACCGAGCUUCGUUCCAUGGGACCGCGAGCGCUUUCUAGAGCGGUUGGAGACCUUUCGUCGCGUCGACCGAUGGGCACCGAAACCAUCUGCAAUCAGUGAGGUGGAAUGGGCCAAGCGCGGCUGGAUAUGUACGGAUGUGGCCCGGGUAUCAUGUGUUGGGAGCUGCGGUGGCUCGGUUGUUGUGAAACUUCCGGACGAGCUGGAUGAAUUGGAUGGAUACGAUGGCGAUAAGGUGCAGGAGCGGAAGGAAGUUCGGGACAAACUCGUGGAAGAGUACGCAGGGCUACUGGUCAAAGGACAUAGAGAGACUUGCCCGUGGAGGAACAAGGGCUGUGACGCUACCAUCCAUCGGUUGCCCCUAGCAAACCCCGUAGUGGCAAUCUCUGGCCUGCAAAACCGCUACUCGAAUCUCGCCAAGAUGGCUGACCAAUUGCCGGCCCAAGGAGUCAUCCAAGCGCCCGAGUCGUUCGAUAUAGAAACCCUUGUCAGAAUACUUCCAGCGGAAUUUAAAGGGUCAGAAGAGGGACCGCACACGGAGAGCGUCGAGACGCCCACUCCCGAGGAUGUCGAUGGGACUAGAAAUAGCGUACAGAUCGCUUCCGAGCCCGAGCCAUCCUUUUCUAAAACCGCUUUCAUGCUGGCAUUUUUCGGCUGGGAUUCUGUCCCGGACGGAACAGCUGGUCUGGCCGGCUGCAGCGUGUGCUUUCGACGACUGGGCCUUUGGAUGUACAAGCCAAAGAGCAACGGGGACGCAGCGCUUUACGACUCACUGGACGUCAUUAACGAACACAUGGAGUACUGUCCUUGGGUGAACGGAAAGGCUCAAAGCGGCAUAGGUCGGGCCACUGAGAAGCCAGAAGGUUUGCGUUGUGGUUGGGAGCUGUUAGGCCAGGCACUUGAUGUGCGCCAUCGUCGAUUGAUUCGAUCGACUGCUUCCGUCAGUCGGUCGGUCUCUGAGGUGCCAUCCGCGGAUGAGCCGGUGGUAGAUGAUGUCAACCCAGAGGCCAAAAAGGCCAGCGAUCGAGAAUGGUGGGCCAAGCUCCGCCGGAUGAGACAAGUCCUAAAUGUCAACUCACCUAGAAAGAAGCUAGCUUCCAAGUGAUUGUCUAGUCAUUUCUACAUCUUCUGCAUCCGAUACACUCUCCGCAUUAUCUGGUCUAUUCGUUCAGCGUGGCGUUCAUGGCAUUUUUCAUAGAUAUCUUAUCCUGUUCAUAUCCUUGGUUUUUAUUCUUUACAACCCAGAAAGUCUAUGCUACCUGCUGUUGAUCAACAAAUAUUUAAAAUCAUUUCCGAC